GUGCCAAUUCUGACUUUCCAGUAUUGUCUUCUCCCUCGUCCUGUGUAUUCUCUUGCUGUAUCAUUCUACUAGGAAAGUUGUUCAUCUCAAAUUGUGAUUGUGAUUUUACAGCUGUUUUAUAGCUUUAUUUGUUCCUCUGCUCUCACUGCCUUCAAGUUAAUUAUCCUCGCUAUCUUUUGUCAUGACUACAAUUAUUCAUUUACAACCCAUUCAUCCAGAGAAAGUCCAUAUAUCCACUUCCUGCAUUUCUAAACAUUAAAGAGGCGCUCAAGCCGUUUAGCCAUUUAUUAAUGCACUUUUAGGAAGUUGGGGGACAUUUGAGAGACAGAAUUCUUUUCAAAUGAUAAAACUUGGUGAAGCAGAGGGACAGAUAUCCUGACUUUUACAUCUUUUAGUUCCUGAGUAGUACUUGACAAAUGAUAAAUGAACUAUAAACUUCAUAUGUUUAAAAAAAAAAAAAAAAAAAACUUGGUUCAAAUCUGAAGUGUUAGUAUUAAAAUUUCAAUACUUCAAAACUCAGAUUAUCUUCAUCAGGACUUUGUGGGUGUGAUUUGAUCAGAUGUGAUUGACAGUGAGCAAACAGUACAUCAUCAUCAGUUCCAAUGUUGCUGAUUCCUGAUUGGUGCAUAGGGGUGCAUGAGCUUGCGGUGGAUAUUGUGAUUUAAAACGCUGGACACAAAGACAGAAAUGAAAACACAGACACUGACUGACUAAAGAUUCAUAAAAAAAUUUUUUUUUUUUUUUUAAUUAUUAUUGAUUAAUAAGGGGACGAGACUCACACUAAGUUGGCAGAGCAACCCUUUAUAGAGCAAGAACUAGGGACAAAGAGGUGGACACGGAUUGGUCACACAGAUUGACUGUUGAGGAAAGACCCCAAGGCACUCCAGCAUUACUCAUAAUUCCAGUCUAGGAGGCAUCUUUGCUGUUUUAUCAUGUGCAUCUUAUACACAGAGAAACAAAGGCUUUAACACUUUUACAUACUUUCUCAGUCCUAUCUCUAUCACCUGCUUCCCUCUCCCGCAAUUUCAAACUUUCAAGUUGCUUUGACCUUUUAUCAUAAACUUCCUUACUCCCACAUUGAAAGAAGUUUGAGUCAGACUGAAACCUUAUCAUUUUUUAUCCAAAUAAUACCUAUUUUGAAAUGAACUCCAUAGUGUUUGUGUACUCCAGAGCUCUACUGUUCCAACUGUAAGUAAUCCUCCUUUUCUCAGGAAUUUGGACUCCAGUUUUGAACUUGUUCGAACUCCCAACGCGAGUCUUUACUGGCGUAUUCUGUACUGAGAAAGUCCUAACAUGUUUCUAAAUGAUGCCCGCGCACUUAAAAACCAGUAACUGGUUUUCUACCAUUGUAAGACAUUGUCAAAGAGCUGAUGAAAAUAGGUUUUCAAGGCUUUUAAAUUUGUAGAGCUUCACUUUAACAAUUCAACCACUUGAAUCAAGUUACAUCUCCUAACAAAGCACAAAUACGCCCGUAGAAAAGGUUCGUAGCUGCAUGAUGAUUUUUAGAAAAUAAAGAAUCAGGUGUUUCAGAUAUUUAUUCUCAUAUAUUUUACUGUGUAUAUUGACAUAAAGCGUAGAUGAGAUGUGCACUACUUUCUCAGAGUUUUUGCCGCAGAGUGGUAAGACCAACAAUAAAAAACAAAAUAGUACAUCCAGGAUGUUUUGUAACUGCGGCAACAGGAUUUCUGUAAGUGUUGUGUUUUCUACUUCUUGUGUUUUGCACUUCAAAGGUACUGGAGAUAAAAGGUUUCUGGCUCCACGUUUGGGACCAAUCGGAGAGGAGCUUCUGGUUUGGCGGUCGGGGGCCCAGCGUCCUCUCAAAUCAGACUUUGACUGAUUCCUGAUAAGACUUUUAGACCCGCAAUCAUAAGUUCACAAUUCUGCAGACUUUGCUUUAGGGAAUCACCCACAGUUAUAGAGUUUUGAAAAAAUGGAUGAUACAGGGGAAAUCAUGAUAUCUAAAAGUUAGCUUUACAGCACAUAUUGUAGCAGCGGGUACUGUAUAUCUUUAUUCUGUAGUUAUGGGGGCAGGAUCAUCUAGAUCUGUACUGAUCUGAUCUCUUAAUUACCUCCAUAAAAUCAGCAACAUUUUUUAAGUGACUAUUAUGCCAUAAGAGCCUCAACCAUACCCGUCCACAGAGAGCCAUCCGACCAUAUAACGUGAUUACACAAAGUGCUCCACCUACAGCAUUUUGAGCUCUUGCACCCUCUCGUGCUCACACAUCUUUUGCUGAGCAGAAAGAUGAUGUUAAAGUCCAAAAGUUUUAACGCCGGGCCUGUGCCACAGAUCUGAACAGCUGCACAACAGCUGGACUUCAGCCUGUCACAUUUUAAUACUUUGGUAGUCUGUUUGUUGGCAACUUUUGCGCAUCAUAAAAGUGCUGCGAUUGUCAGUUUAACCAUUAACCUGCAGGGUGACAGUCAGGUUGACUGCUGGUGGCUUGAGGCUGCUUUUAAGCUGGACAUUACUCUGUCACUGCACUCUGAGGACAUCAACAUAGCAUGAGCAUGAGCAACUUUGGGCAGAUCCUGAAGGAGAUCGGGGAGUUCGGUUUAUUUCAGAAACGUUUAGUGGCUGUAUUAUGUAUCCCCAGCAUUUUUGUCGCUUUCGAUGUGAUCGGUCAGGUUUUUGUUGGCAUGAACUUCCCACAUCACUGUAACACUGACUGGAUCUUGGGCCGAGGACCCAACCUGACGGCUGAGAGACAACGAAAUCUCACCAUCCCUGUGAACCAGGAUGGAAAGUAUGAAAGCUGCGAAAUGUUCACACCUGUAGAUUUGGAUUUGGAAACCAUUGAGGCAUACGGGAUCAACACGACAACGGGAUGCAUAAAUGGAUCAGAUUUUGACGCAGCCAAAGGGGCCUUCAGCAUUGUGACAGAGUUCGACCUGGUGUGUGACAGGAGCAGUUUGAUCGAGGCAUCGCAGUCCAUCUAUAUGGCCGGUCUUCUGGUUGGAGCGUUUGUGUUGGGGCAAAUGGCUGACAGGUUUGGUCGACGCUUUGUGGUCCUGCUUUCACACUUUCUCCUACUGUUGUUUGGUGUCGGCGCCGCUUUCUCACCCAACAUCUAUGUUUAUAUAGUUCUCAAAUUUUUAGCUGGCAUCUCAAUUUCUGGCAUUAUUGCUAAUGCGUUUGUGAUAGGUGGAGAAUGGAGUGAUUCUUCCAAGUUUGCUCUCUGCACCAUUAUCGGCCACACUUUUUCCCCUGUUGGAAUGAUGAUGUUGUCUGGCAUCGCCUUUUUGGUCCGUGACUGGAGGAUCCUGCAGCUCGUGCUCUUCAGCCCCCUUGUCCUUGUCCUCGGACUCUUUUAUUGGAUUCUUCCAGAGUCGGCUCGCUGGCUCAUCACCCAGGGCAGGAAGAAGGAGGCCGUGAAGGAGAUCCGGAAGGCAGCUAAGGUGAAUGGGAGGAAGGUCCCAGAAGACCUGCUGGACAAGCUGGAGGUUGAGGGUACGCCCAAAAGAGGAAGCAUGCUGGACAUCUUCAGGAUAUCAUAUCUGAGAAAACGUGCUCUCGUAAUGAGCUUCAUCUGGUUUGCAACAAGUUUGGUGUACUACGGACUGAGCCUGAACGUUGGCAAUUUUGGUCUUGAUAUCUACCUCACGCAGUUCAUCUUUGGCGCAGUAGAAAUUCCCGCACGUCUGGGCAGUUUGCCUUUCCUGCAGCGCUUUGGGAGGAGAAUAUGUCAGGCAGGGGUGCUAUUUUUCGGAGGUGCUGCUUGUCUGGGAUUACUUGCUAUUCCAAAGGAUCUUCCAGUAGUGGUAACAGUCAUAGCUGUACUAGGAAAAUUUGCUGCAACUGCCAGUUUCUCCACAGUCUAUGUUUAUACUGCAGAACUAUAUCCUACUGUUUUAAGGCAGAAUGGUGUCGGUCUGAACUCCAUGUGUGCUCGUGUGGCGGGCAUCCUCGCUCCGCUGAUCAGACUCCUGGACGUCUACCAUCACACCAUCCCCAUGCUGAUAUACGGCAUCGUCCCCCUUGCUGCUGGAUGUUUGUGUUUACUGCUGCCUGAAACCCGCAAUGCUGAACUCCAGGACCACGCUGAACUCCCGAAACCUGAGAAUUGCACGGUGGAGACGGGAUCCUUCACUAAAGAGGCCACAUUAGGAAAGAGCACUAAAAUGUAAUUUAUAUGGACAUGAUUGUUGUUACAGUCUUUUUCAUAUCAGGAGGAGUAGUGUGCUUCCUCUCAGCUGAUACAGUGGUAACAGUUUAACUGAAUCAUGUUCAACUGUCAUUAUGUUUCAUAUUUAAUGUCAAAAUUGUAUUUUUUGUACAAUAUUGUUCUGUUAAAAUCUUUUAUCUGUUAAGAAAUUGUUUUACUAUUGCUGAAGUUGUAGACUAUUUGAUAACUGGAAUUUGUACGAGUAUUAAAAAUGAUAUAUGGUA